AUGCUUGAAAACCACAUCGUUCAACUAGCUAACCCCUUAAAAGAUUGUGCUAUCCCAUCUUCUUUACCCUCGCAAGAAAUUGAUCCUAAGGAACCGUUUUGUCCUAUCAACACUAGGAGUAGUGAGGUCCUUGAAGAGAGUGUUCCUAGGAAGAGUAAAGAGGGUGAAGAGAGGAGUGAUUCGAGCAAAGAGAAUAAGCAUGAAGAGUCUAGCAAGAUGAUUGAGAAAUCUAAUGAAGAGCCAAAGGUGAAAGAGAAGAAGAAAGAUGAGGUUUACAAGCCCAAACUUCCAUACCUCCAAAAUUUCAAUAGUUACAAAUUGGAUGAGCAAAUUGGACAAUUUAUUGAGAUGCUGAAGAAAAUUCAUCUUUCUAUUCCUUUCACUGAAGUCUUGGAACAAAUGCCAAAUUAUGCUAGGUUUCUUAAAGAAAUUUUGAGCGGUAAAAGAGAUUACAAUAUGGUGGAACCAGUGAAUUUGGGGGAGUGUUGUAGUGCCUUUAUCCAUAAUGACUUACCCCAAAAGUUGAAAGACCCCGGAAGUUUCUCCAUCCCUUGCAUAAUCAAAGGAAAGUUGUUCUUAAAUGCCCUUUGUGAUCUCGGUGCUAGCGUGAGUAUCAUGCCUUAUUCCGUCUUCAAGAGACUUAAGAUAGAUAUUGCGGAAGAUGACCAUAUUCCUAUCAUUUUAGGGAGACCUUUCUUAGCUACCUCGGGAUCUUUGAUAGAUGUCAAGGGAGGUCAAAUUACUUUGAGAGUUGGUAACAAAGAGGAAAGUUUCGAGCUAAAAUCGAUGCAUGAGUCUUUGUCUUUUGUAAAAGGAAUCAUGUGUGUUAAUUCCCCUCGCUCUAUUGAUAAUGUUAGUGAAGAGAAAAAGGAGUUUCCCAAGCUCAUAGACGAGGAGGAGAUCGACAUUCCUCAUUGGUUCGAGCUUCACCCUCAAGAGGAGGACGAUGAUCCUAAGAGUGUUGACGGAGCAAAAUCAUCUACAAAGAGGAACAAGGCAAAGAAAAAAGCACGAGCUUCUAGGAAAAAGAGAAAGAGAAUGAGGUUAUGGAAAGAGAAGCUUGCUUUUGAGGAACUGUCGAAUGAAGUUUCAUCCAGCAACAACGAUAAAUUGCUAAAAAUUGAAGAGAAAUUUGCUCCAUCUGCCACUUUGAAGAAGGUGGUGUUCUUUGACCCUCCGUGA